GCGUUGUAUACAGCUAAGCUACAUAGCAUAUCUUAUUUUUAAGCUAAUUUGUCGUCGUGUGUGGUGCAUUUCUGCCUUUUGUAAUUCAAGCUUGGGACUCGCAGACGCCAAAAGACCGACAAAUUCCAGAAGUGACGAGGAGACUCCAUUUUCGUCUGCGGCUGCCUGGGCUAGCCAGAAAGACGGCGGAGAGCUAGCUGGUAGCAUUGCUAGGCUAACUUUCCCUGCUAGGCGGACGGCAGCCAGAGCAAGCGGACUGUCUACCUGACGAUACUUUCGUUGACUACAAACGACUCCCGGCAUGCUGAUGGUGGGAGGCAAUGGACGGAUGCACUAGAAUGAGUGUGAAGGAGCUGUGUGAGACCGAUGACCUGGCCACCGGUUUGGUGCUGGACCCUCUGUUGGGCUUCAGCACCCACAAAAUGAACAUCAGUCCCCCACCAGAGAUCCGACGAUGGGGUAACCUCAAAGAGACCCUUUUGCGCUUUCAGCGUACGCAUGACUUCAAUGCUACGUUUGAGGCGCUGACAGUGGGCGAUCCGGCUGGCGACUACUUCAGUGCUUUGGGAAGCCACCGACAGGAGCUGCUGAGACAACAUGUGUAUCGCUACCUCAGUGCCUUCCUGUUGGAUAGCGGAGUCAAGAUAGAGUCCUGUGACAGAUACUCCUCAGAGACCAAUGGAGCAAAGAUAACCUCAACGAGGCACUGGUUUGCAGGAGAGCGGGUGGAGGUCCUGCUGGGCUGCAUAGCGGAGCUGAGCCCCGCUGACAGCGCUGUGCUGAGGGCAGGAGUCAAUGACUUCAGUGUGAUGUAUUCCACACGCAAACGCUGCGCUCAGCUCUGGCUCGGGCCCGCAGCUUUCAUUAACCAUGACUGCAAACCAAACUGCAAGUUCGUCCCUGGGGAGAAGAAUAUUGCGUGUGUUGAAGCGAUUCGACCCAUCUCACCUGGGGAGGAGAUCACGUGUUACUAUGGUGCCAGCUUUUUUGGGGAAGGAAAUGAAAUGUGUGAAUGCUGCACCUGUGAGAGGAAUGGAGAGGGCCACUUCAAACACAGAGGGAAGCAGCCUGAAUGCGAAGAAACAAAGGACCCUCUGGGGCAAAAGUACCGUCUGAGAGAGAGAUAUCUUCGUCAUCACAGAGAGAAGGGUCACUUUCCCGCAAGGCCGAUAAUACCAGGAAUACACUCAGGUAUCUUUAAAGCCAUCCCCUCGAGGAAUUCCUUUACCCAGCAGAUGAGGAGAAAUGCCUUGAAGAACAGAAAAUUUAGUCAAACAAAGAAGUGGAGACGAGAGAAGCACAGACGGUCUGGAAAGCACCCAUUGAAAUCCUCCAAACAGUGUCGGACACUUUUGUCCCAGUUUACUCUGAGGGACCUUAGAAUCAGAGUACGGCGCCACUCAGUGGAUUUCUUACUCAAUUGUAAGGAUCCAAAAAGCAAAGAAAGGGCUUUGCUUCAACAACUGGAGGGAGUGAAGCCGAAAGAUAAACGGCUGAGUGAAGUACAUUCAGCUGGUGAAGAAAAUAACAGCAGUGAGGUGAACUUGAAGCCUUUCACUCUAAAUUCCAACAUGUCAGUUCAUCAAAAAAGGCGACCUGCCGCAGGCAGCGCAGGCCUUAAUGGGAAAUCUGUCAAAGUGGUGGAUAGGCGGGCUGUUCCCAAGAGGUUCUCCUCGAGAGCAAGAAACAUGGUUCAAGCCACACUCACGCAUCAAACGGGGUCCAGUAACACAGCCAACACUACAACUGUUUGUCACCAUGUCGAAAAUGAAGAAACCUGCAGUGCAAUAAUACAAGAGAAGACUGAAGAAGCAAACACAGAGAGUCAAAGCAACAAGUGCAGCAGCAUCAUCGACAAGGCUCAAAACCCAUCCACUGAGCAAUCCACCAGAGCGUCGUCCAUGUUAGAAGUGUGUCAUAGUAUCACAAACGCAGCGAAGAAAGCUGGAGACAAUCCACUAAUAUCUCUGAAGCAAUACCUUACAGUCAAUCUAACAAGGUUAUCAGUGCCAUACAGUGUAGAAGCAGAAAAUAGCUCCGAAGACAGGAGAGGAGGAGUGGAGUUAAGAGGGAGGACCAGGCAGAGCCAGUGUCCCAAGCCAGCUCCUCUGACAGUACAGUCAGAAAGAAGAGUGUCCAGAUCUCAGCAGAGGCUAGCAACUACAGAGAACUGCACAGCUGAAGGUAACAGAGGGGUGAGGGAAAUGUUUUUUAAGGCCACUGAUAAAGUAAAUUUAAGUAAGCGACAAGCAAGUGAAUCUGUAGGUGAUUUAUUUCAAAUUGAGAAAAGUGAAAAAGACAAGGUAAUUGAAAUACAGACUAUGUCAGAAGAAAAAGAGGAUCAGGAGAACAUUGUAAAAAGCAAAAUUGAAGGGCAGAUAGAAAAGAAAAAUGCAGCAUCUGCAAUUGUGGAAAGUAAAAGUAACAGGGCCCUGGAAGAAGAGAAAGAGUCUGAAUUUAAAACAGUGCCCAGUGAAAGAACCAGAGGGCAAAAUAACAUGCAGUGUGCUAAAAAUAAAGUUGAGGAAGUUGUUAAAUUAUCAGGACAAAUGACUAGGAGUGUGAGUAAACGGCAAGUAAGUAGGCCUGAAGAAGAUAUCGUCAUAAAGCCGGCGAAGGUUCUGCUAUCUGAUUUUUUAAGAAAAGAUAAACCCUUAAUAGACAAGAGAUUUAACAGAGAUAUUGUUGGAAGAGUGUUUUGUACCUCAGCCUGUAAAGCAAUGCAGGGGGAGGAAGAACUGACUGAAAUAAAUGGAGGCAGGUACCACUGCUCAGUGCAGAGUAUGGUUAUGAGACGAAAGAUGAGGCCUAGAGCAGCGAAAACAAAAGCAGAAGCUAAGCAAAACACCAAGGGACCCCUGGGUAAAGAUGUCCCGGCUAUGGUGAAGACGGAGUUGAAGGAGGGCAGCUUGCAGCUUCAGUCACUACAGAGGCUAAAUGACCCACCGGCUACCUGCCUCAACCCACUACCUCAUAGGUCACUAAUUUCAGCAAAAGCUAAUCUGCAUCCAGAGACCAAUCCACAGGCACACAUACAGUCCAACAUACCUCUGAAGAAACGUACAUUUCACAGUUCUGUGGAAAUGGACUCUGAACAAGUUUCAAAUUCCGCUUCUAAAGAAGCUGAGUUAAAUUCUUCUGCAGAGCAGAGGCAGGGCCUGACCACAUGUUCAGGGGAAAGUAGCAAAGUUCAUAAAGGCAAAUAUAGGAGAACAGAAGUCCAGAGGUUAAACCCCCAAAGGAGCACAAAACAGAACUUAUUUAAGCGAGUGCUUCGGACCCGAGCUAAUGAAGUUCAGCGAAGCCAUUUAUUGAGGAAAGUUCAAAAGUGUAAAUUAGAGAGGAGAGAUGAGGAUGAUGUUGAUAAGUCUCAAACACCAGAGAGGGAUAAGCUUGCAGAGGACAAACAAGCUGACGAUCCUGCUAAAAUCCGUGAGGAGUAUGGUAAAAGUCCAACUGCAAUUAAAUCUCAAAAGGAAGAUGAGGUGGAAAUGUUAAUCCAGCAAAGUGAUUUGGAGGACACAAAGCCGGGUCCCGAUUUUAAGAUUCGUUUAAAGAGGAGGAGAGGGAGAGUAUGGGAGAUGGAAAGAGCAGGACUGGAAAAUAUGGCGUUAAAAACAGAAAAGAGAGAUGACUUGGCAUUAUGCGACCCUUUUAAAGCCAUCAUGGAUUCUGUGUCAGUUUUAAACAUGGAGAUGGAGGCAGCUCAGGCACAUGUGCAUGCUAGUAAAAGGUCAAAGAACAGAUUGCAUCGUUUGAAAAAACGAGGUGAGAGGCUAUGUGAAAGGAAAAACACAAAUUCAUCAACAGACUCAAAAUCUGAUAAAGAUGUUGAAAAUGUAUGUGAAACACCCAAUGACAAAGUAGAAAUUAAAGAGAAGCUUGAUAAAGAACUUUUAGAUGGAGUCAAGCUGCUGCCAGAAAAAAUCGUGGGCUGUAAAAAUGACAGUGAUAUGCCAGCUGCAGGGCAAGAAACAAAAAUUGAAGAUCGUUUUGUGCAGAAUUGCUGCCUGUUUGAAACUGGGUCACAACAGAAACUGCAGCCCGAAGUUGAUGCAAAUGGUCUUCCAUUACCAGUAAUUAAACUACGCAGAAAGGCAGAGGAUAUUUGGGAAGUGGACAGCAAAGAAGAGCUCAUACAUUCUGAAGUCAAAGUAGAGCCCAAAAUUAAGAAAGAGGUGAAGGGUCACACUUUAGGGAAACAAAAGAAAGGAUGUCUUGAUCUUAGCAAGCUCAAAGAAGAGUUCCCUUCCCAGCGACUGAACAGCAACUCAGCCCUCCUGAAAACGGAACCACCACCAUUUUCCUUGUCCCUGUCGCCACUGUCUCUGUCUUCCCCUCUUAAUGACAAUAAAACCGAAGUUAUAUCCUCAGCUGCAGAUGCAAUCACUGAAAGGGCAGAGAUGAACAGCGGAGGAAGGAAACAGCGGCACAAAAUGGAGAGACCACGGAAGUGUGGGCCUGUAGAAACACCCACCACCUGUCUUAGUCACACUCUCCAACAAAUUGACAACAGUCUCUCCAGGCUUUCCGAGGGGUUGUGCUCAUCACAGACUUUGGAAAAGCCAACAGCAUGUUCCAGUGCUUCUAAUUCUGUCAUCCAGCCCCCGUCCCAGUCUCCUCCAUUCACAACUGCAGAUAACAUGCUUUCCGGUGAGCCCAGCUUUACAAACUGCUGCGAUGAUAUUCUGGACUUUCAGUGUCUCAACUUCGAGGGGUAUUAUCAGCCACAGAACAUACUUCCAUCUUCCCCAUCAGAUUUGUGUUCACUGGAUCCACCCACAGAUCCCUUCAGCAGUCCCCUCUCUCACAGCCCGUCCGAUACAUGGACCACUGAGACGCCAUACCUUGGCCCUCCCAGUCCAGGAAAUAACUUUACCAGUGACGAUCUACAGUUUUUUCCAGGUCUUAUUUCUUCCAAAAGUGACUCUGUUUCUCUGGAAUGUGAAGCAAAGGAUACCUCCAAAGACAGACACCCAGCUAACAUCAGUUUCAGUUCUUCAGUUCUCGGCAACUCUGACUUCACUGCUAAAGAUCGCAUGCUAAGUAAAAAUCCAGGAAUGAGGCUGUCCAGAGAAGACCCUAGAACACAGUCUUUUCCUGGAGGCAACAAGCCCCGGUUGUUUGGUGCAACAUCGUCUUCUGUUACAUCCCACACUGCUGUUACUUUAACCCAACCCUCCAUGAACGUCAAGGCCAGCACCAGUCAAUUAAAAGCCCAGUCAAAUCUUAAAACCCAGGGCCCCUUCCAUCGUAUGACCAUUCCUGGUAAAUCCCAGUCUUUUUCAAGUACUCAGCCGAACACAGUCAGAGUUCCCCAGAGUUACGUGACUAAAUCCGUCCCACCAUCUCAGAUGUCUAACAAAUUCCUUUCUCCUCAACUCUUCACUGUGAAAAACCCCAAUCCUCCUGACAAUCCAUUCAAAUUCCAUGAGAAAACUUCCACAGUUAUUCACAGGGUGCUCAAGUUUCAGGAGGGGAACCAGAAUCAGAACUUGUAUAGUGCACCGUGUAAAGACACCAUGGCUGCUGGCAGCCCGAUCGUCAUGUCCAGAACACUCGGUGCAAAAUCAGGUGCUAUUGAGAAGACCCAGCAGAGUCAGAAACUAUGUGUUGGUACAGAUAGUCAACAUAAAAGCAACAUUUCUAUUCAAGGGUUUGGAAAAGAUGUCAGCCAUCUUGGUUCCUCCAGCAACCCCAGCAGGUCCAGCCCUCAUUUGAAUAAACCCAACGCUUUCCCCCAGUCUUUUAUUAAAAGAAUGUCAUCUGACAAACAUGAAAGUGGUGAAACCAACAUGACGUACAAAAACGUACAAAAGCCCUUCUUCUUUCCGAGCAAAGAUGGUUAUUCGUCACCACAUGACAAGAAAUCCAAUCCGUCAACCUCAGACAAGCACCAGCCAUGUUACACUCAGCAAGACCCUUUUGACUUUAGCUUUGGCUCGUCAAUUUCGCCCAUGCCCCAGCACAACAACCCACAAGUGGCCCAAAGUACACCUCCUGGUACACCAGCAAACAAGAGUCAGUCCGCCACCUCAGCCUCUUUCCCUUACGGCUAUCAAGGGCCUCCUUAUGUACUAAACUUCAGCGGAGAUCAUUCAUUGACCCUGGGUCUCAGGGAUGGGGCUGAGGGUUACCCAGGAUUAGGCUCAACAAACUACACCUACCAUUGCCUGAUGGAACCUUCGGGCACCCAAGGGCGACUGGUUCUCGAACCCUGUGGACCUCAGCCGUCUAAUCCAGCCUCUUUUUCUUUGGGUGGGUUUUCAGGGCUCAAAGGUCAGGACGAACAUUGCAGGAAGGACAUGCAGCAGCAGUGCCAGCCAGGAGAACACCAAGGCCCACCACACUAUGGACCUGUUGCAUCGUCUCACUCCAUGGGUCCCACAAAACCCAAGAGAGUGAGGUUAGUGGUGACAGACGGCACAGUAGACUUAGAUCUCCAGUACUCGGAUUGAUUUAUACCUCUCGGAGUAAUUGGACCCUAAAAUACAUUUGAAGGGGAGUUAUACAGUAUCUGCAACAAGAUGUUUUUUUUUGUAAACACUGUAGUUCAUAGUCUACCAGUUAUUAAAGCCCACUGACUGAUUGACACUUUUCUAAAUCAAUAUUUUGAUGGACUGUUAAUGUAUGAAUGACUUGUACAGGGUUUUAUGUAAACCGGGUGUAUCAGCGUGUUUUAACUACUGUUCGAUUUUAAAAAUCUUUAUUAUCCACUACAAUUUGCUGAUAAUACCAAAUUAAAAAUGCAUAAAGAGAACAAAGCAUUAAAUAUAUUUGUGAGUUUGAACUUGCAGGCCCUGUACACAAUAAAAAGCCCUCGUACUGUACUGUAACAUAGCUGUAUGACUUUUCUAUACCAUGUAUGGCAGUAGAGACAGGAGCACCAUCAUUGGUUGCUGGUACUUGUAAUGGUUGGUUUUCAAAAGGCAGCUUUGUGCCUCGGUCUUUGAUAUGUUCUUGUGACUUUUUGAAGCACCUGUUGAAACAGUCCACCCUCGUUUUUAUACUCUCACAUUGUGUGUGUAACUCUGUGUGUGUGUGUGUGUGUGUGUGCGAGUGUGUGCAUGCAUUUGACAGGCAGGUCUUGAGGGAUCAAAGAAAGGUGUGUUGUCUUACCCGAAUGUGUGACUGUUGCUCUGACAGAUUUUAGUAAGAUCAUUAGUCAAUAAUGCAUCAAUGAAAGGCUUGUGCAUGAGCGAUGUACGGUAAAAUAAUUUCCCCUACCUGUAGAAUAUAUACUUGUAUACGAGGAAAACUCUACUGGGUGAAAACAUGCGUGACAUGAGCUGCAGCUUUUCAUAGCUGCUCUUUGAUUACUUAUGUGGAGACAUUAGUGGGAGAAACUGCAAUAUGUUUUUUCAGGCCAGUUGUGCUCAAUGGAUUGAAGUAUAGUACAAAUCUUUGUAAUGGGAGACAUUUAGAUAUUACCCUGUUAUUACACCAAGAAAAGUGACAAUCUUCUCACUUCUCACUUUUUGUCAUUUCUUUGUUCUUUUUUCCCCCCAAAGGAGUUAAUGGUUAUUAUAUAGAAAGAACAGAAGGAUAAGUUAUGCAUCACCUGCAAUAGUUAGUGUUAUUUUGCUGAUGGAGUGUUUAUAUUGUAAGAGUUAUUUGCUGUCAAUUGUGGAAGUCACGUGAGCAUUCCCCUCAUGUCUCGAAGUACUGUAUGUAUUUCACAUCAGUUAGCAGGAGUGUUCAGUGUGACUGCACAACCUUACAUUACUACCAUAAAAAAUGUACUGUCUUGAUAUGGAAAGGCCAAUUAUUUAUUUUAAUAUCCUCAUCCUUGAAAUGGUGCUUUAAUGUAAUUUAUAUUUCACAUUGAUUGUUCAAACUAUUAAAUGUUUUUUUUAUCAUUAUUUAAUGGGACAAAAUACUGAACUGAAUAUUUACAUCGAGUAUUUAAUUUCACAGCCUUUGACAUCUUAUCCAAUUGUUCAGUUGUUACAGGUAAAACUUUCUCUGUCUUUUUUUCUAAUUGGCAGUUAGUCUUACUGAAAGUCUGCUGUAGAAAUGUACAAAUGUAGCCUAUAUCAUUAAAGAAUUCUUUUUUGUA